AUGAAGAUCUCUUCUUUUGCCGUUGCUCUUUUAAUCGCGACUCCUUUUCUCUCGAUUUCCUCGGAGGCUGCCAAUGGCCCCGCCGAUGCCUACACCCUAGCUAGAAGAGCUGGCGGCCCUUAUACCAACAGCUCUACUCCUUUGAGCAGUGCUCCUUCUAGUACUCCUUUGAGCAGUGCUCCUUCUAGUACUCCUUUGAGCAGUUCUCCUUCUAGCACUCCUUUGAGUAGUUCUCCCUCUAGUGCUGCUUCUAGUACUCCUUUGAGCAGUGCUCCUUCUAGUACUCCUUUGAGCAGUUCUCCUUCUAGCACUCCUUUGAGUAGUUCUCCUUCUAGCGCUGCUUCUAGUACUCCUUUGAGCAGUGCUCCCUCUAGCGCUGCUUCUAGUACUCCUUUGAGCAGUUCUCCUUCUAGUACUCCUUUGAGCAGUUCUCCUUCUAGCACUCCUUUGAGUAGUGCUCCCGCUAGUGCUGCUAGUAGCAACUCUAGCACUCCAUUGAGUAGUGCUCCUUCUAGUGCUUCUUCUAGUGUCGCUUCUAGUACUCCUUUGAGUAGUGCUCCCGCUAGUGCUGCUAGUAGCAACUCUAGCACUCCAUUGAGUAGUGCUCCUUCUAGUGCUUCUUCUAGUGUCGCUUCUAGUACUCCUUUGAGCAGUUCUCCCUCUAGUGCUACUUCUAGUACUCCUUUGAGUAGUGCUCCCGCUAGCGCUGCUAGCAGCAACUCUAGCACUCCAUUGACUGGACCCUCUAGCGCUCCUUCUAGCACUCCUACUUCUUCUACUCCAUUGAACAGUGCUCCUAGCAGCAACUCUAGCACUUCUGCUUCUUCCACUCCAUUGACCAGUGCUCCUAGCAGCAACUCUAGCACUUCUGCUUCUUCCACUCCUUUGAGUAGUGCUCCCAGCAGCAACUCUAGCACUUCUGCUUCUUCCACUCCAUUGACCAGUGCUCCUAGCAGCAACUCUAGCACUUCUGCUUCUUCCACUCCUUUGAGUAGUGCUCCUAGCAGCAACUCUAGCACUUCUGCUUCUUCCACUCCUUUGAGUAGUGCUCCCAGCAGCAACUCUAGCACUUCUGCUUCUUCCACUCCUUUGAGUAGUGCUCCCAGCAGCAACUCUAGCACUUCUGCUUCUUCCACUCCAUUGACCAGUGCUCCUAGCAGCAACUCUAGCACUUCUGCUUCUUCCACUCCUUUGAGUAGUGCUCCUAGCAGCAACUCUAGCACUCCUGCUUCUUCCACUCCUUUGAGUAGUGCUCCUAGCAGCAACUCUAGCACUCCUGCUUCUUCCACUCCAUUGACCAGUGCUCCUAGCAGCAACUCUAGCACUUCUGCUUCUUCCACUCCUUUGAGUAGUGCUCCUAGCAGCAACUCUAGCACUCCUGCUUCUUCCACUCCAUUGACCAGUGCUCCUAGCAGCAACUCUAGCACUUCUGCUUCUUCCACUCCUUUGAGUAGUGCUCCUAGCAGCAACUCUAGCACUCCUGCUUCUUCCACUCCAUUGACCAGUGCUCCUAGCAGCAACUCUAGCACUCCUGCUUCUUCCACUCCUUUGAGUAGUGCUACCGCCAGAAAUGUCUCUACCCCUUUGAACAGCACUAGUGUUGCUCCUACCACUGCUCCCGCUAGAAAUGUUUCCACUCCUUUCCCUCUGAACAGCACUAGUGUUGCACCCACCACUGCUCCCGCUAGAAAUGUCUCUACUCCUUUGAACAGCACUAGUGUUGCACCUACCACUGCUCCUGCUAGAAAUGUUUCCACUCCUCUGAACAGCACUAGUGUAGCUCCCACCACUGCUCCCGCUAGAAACGUCUCUACUCCUUUGAAUAGCACUAGUGUUGCACCCACCACUGCUCCCGCUAGAAAUGUUUCCACUCCUUUCCCUCUGAACAGCACUAGUGUUGCACCCACCACUGCUCCCGCUAGAAAUGUCUCUACUCCUUUGAACAGCACUAGUGUUGCACCUACCACUGCUCCUGCUAGAAAUGUUUCCACUCCUUUCCCUCUGAACAGCACUAGUGUUGCACCUACCACUGCUCCUGCUAGAAAUGUUUCCACUCCUUUCCCUCUGAACAGCACUAGUGUUGCACCCACCACUUCUCCUGCUAGAAAUGUUUCCACUCCUCUGAACAGCACUAGUGUUGCACCUACCACUGCUCCUGCUAGAAAUGUUUCCACUCCUCUGAACAGCACUAGUGUAGCUCCCACCACUGCUCCCGCUAGAAACGUCUCUACUCCUUUGAACAGCACUAGUGUUGCACCCACCACUUCUCCUGCUAGAAAUGUUUCCACUCCUCUGAACAGCACUAGUGUAGCUCCUACCACUGCUCCCGCUAGAAAUGUUUCCACUCCUUUCCCUCUGAACAGCACUAGUGUUGCACCCACUACUGCUCCUGCUAGAAAUGUUUCCACUCCUCUGAACAGCACUAGUGUAGCUCCUACCACUGCUCCUGCUAGAAAUGUUUCCACUCCUUUCCCUCUGAACAGCACUAGUGUUGCACCCACUACUGCUCCUGCUAGAAAUGUUUCCACUCCUUUCCCUUUGAACAGCACUAGUGUUGCACCUACCACUGCUCCUGCUAGAAAUGUUUCCACUCCUCUGAACAGCACUAGUGUAGCUCCUACCACUGCUCCUGCUAGAAAUGUUUCCACUCCUUUCCCUCUGAACAGCACUAGUGUUGCACCCACCACUUCUCCUGCUAGAAAUGUUUCCACUCCUUUCCCUCUGAACAGCACUAGUGUUGCACCCACCACUUCUCCUGCUAGAAAUGUUUCCACUCCUCUGAACAGCACUAGUGUAGCUCCUACCACUGCUCCUGCUAGAAAUGUUUCCACUCCUUUCCCUCUGAACAGCACUAGUGUUGCACCCACCACUUCUCCUGCUAGAAAUGUUUCCACUCCUUUCCCUCUGAACAGCACUAGUGUUGCACCCACCACUUCUCCUGCUAGAAAUGUUUCCACUCCUCUGAACAGCACUAGUGUAGCUCCUACUACUGCUCCUGGCUAUUCUGUCGUCACCACUACCCAAUAUCAGAACACCACUGUUCCUAUUACCCGCACGGUUACUGGUACGGAUACCAUCACAACUACUAGCGACGUCGUCACAACUGCUACUGUUCCGACCACCGAGUUAACAACUGUCACUGACCCUGCCAAUCCAUCUUCUGCUCCUGCCACUUCCGCCGGCUCCCAUAGCUACGUUGUGACAACAACCGGCCACAGCAUUGUUCCUGUUACCCAGACUAGUACUUACACUAGCGUGGUUACCGUUGGCGGUACAAGCACUGUUGUCGGUACAUCUAUUGUCCCUACUGUGGUCACCUCCACUGAUUCUACCACAAGCAAUAAUGCUGGUACAUCUGUUGUCCCUACCGUGGUCACCACUGAGUCUACCACAAGCACUAAUGCUGGUACAUCUGUUGUCCCUACCGUGGUCACCACUGAGUCUACCACAAGCACUAAUGCUGGUACAUCUGUUGUCCCUACCGUGGUCACCACUGAUUCUACCACAAGCACUAAUGCUGGUACAUCUGUUGUCCCUACCGUGGUCACCUCCACUGAUUCUAUCACUAGCACCGUUACUGGCACCGAAACCAUCACCACUUCUCCUAGUGCUGGCGGCACUCCUGCUGGUGGCUCUUCCGGCUCUGCUGGUGGCUCUCCAGCUGGUACCAACCGUGGUGUUUCUACUGAGACUCAUCCCUUCACCAGCACUAGCGUUGGUACUAUCGCUCAAACCAAGACUUUGCCUCGCACUGUCUCUUUGACUAGUACUGUAAUUGCCGGCACUACCACCUAUGCCGCUCCCACCACAUCUGCUCCCGCUAGUUCUUCUGGUGAUCUCGGUGCCGCUGGCUCUGGUACUGCCUCCAGUGGCUUUACCAACGGUACUUCUCCCAUCAUUAAUGUCUCCAGCACCAUUCCCGUUAACAGUACAUUGACUUACAGUAACUAUAGUACUAUCGUAACCGGUAAAGCAACCUCUAUCUUCCCUGUUACCCACCUUUCCUCUGGUAACAGCAGCUUUGUUACAUCCACAACUCAUGCCGGUGGUUUAGGCAGUGGAUUUGGAAACUGGACUUCCGGAAACGUUACCUCCGAUUUGAAGGCUGCAGAUCAGACCUCUUCCGGAAGCGGAAGCAAUAGUUCCUCACCUCAAGCUUCUGCUGCCUCUGCAGGAUCUAAGGCCUCCGUCUUCUUGACUGGUCUAUCUGUUGUUGCUGUUUGCUUCUUUCUUGCUUAA